AAUUUCUUCGUUUAGUAUACAACAUGGCAGACAAUAAAGGCCCAUCGACUAGGAAGACAGCCGCUGAACUCGACGAGGAAAUCGACGAAUUCAUGAAAGAGAGAUCUAGUGGUAAAAAGCGUGAGAUUUCAUUUAAAGAAGAAAACUGGGAAGAGCAAGAGCAGAAGCUUACAAAGAAGAUGGUAACUAUGAGUAUAACAGAAAAAAAUUCAAAGAAGCGAUUGCGGCAUAUACUGAGGCAAUCAAGGUGAAGUGUGAUGAUACUCAUCUCAAUGCCAUCCUCCACACAAACAGAGCAACAGCACACUUGUGUCUGGGAGCUACUGCUUGUGUGGAGCUUCAAAAUUUUGAGGAUGCUGUAAAAUGGUGCGAUGAUGGAUUAGCUGUAUCCUUUUACAUCUUUUCAUCACUUAAUAGCUGGUUUGAUAGCUGGACUAGUUAUCACAGACUGUUUGAAUACCUUAUAUAUUUGCAAGUAAAUAAAAUAAUUAUCUUUGACUUUGAUAAGAUUGAAGCUCAAAACCAAAGACUUUUGGAUUUACGAAACAAGGCUGUUGCGGAACAGAAAAAAGUGCUGAGAGAUCAACGAAAAGCAGUGUUAAAGGAAAAGAAAGAAAUGUCUGAAACAGAGGCUUUGAAAUCAGCAGUUAAGGCGCGAGGAGUCACUUUGGAAUAUGAGAAUGACUUGUCGAGGCCCAUGACCGAUGGAGGACUGGACCUCAAAGUCUCCAUAGACAGCAGUGGUGUACUUCACUGGCCGGUCAUGUUUGUUUAUCCCGAGUUUGAAGAGACUGACCUGAUAUCUUCAUUUAAUGAGAAUGACAGAAUGGCAGAUCACCUGUAUGCCAUGCUUGAGGAAGAAUCUCCUCCCUGGGACAAGGAUAGGAAAUACACUCUCGCAAAUAUCGAGGUUUAUUUUGAGGACUCGGCAAGAGAAAAGCUAUGUUUGGUGAAAAAUAGCAGCUUCCUUAAAGAUAUACUUUCGGACUCGAGGUUUGUGGUAAAACAGAGAACACCGGCAUUUAUUAUCCUAAGUAAAGAGUCUGCAUUCCGGACAACUUUCCUCCAGCGAUGUCAAGUUGAACGAUGACACGUGUAUUCGGUACAAGGUUGGGUCUAUGUGCGCUGUAUACCCCGAGAUAUUCCGAGGAGAUGCCGAAGGGUUUCCGAUUCAAGUUGUCGAGUAAAAGAUCAAUGCGGGGAUGUGAGAGCAUUCGGCACGUUAAUUGUCGUCUCGAAACAUUGUAUUGAAGUAUUCUUUGUGGGCUUGUUAAUCACACGUGACAAAUAUGGGCAGUAAGUAUACACAACGCAUUGUUUCAUACGAUAGGACAUUUAUUGUCUAAGGAUAGAUCUUAAAGACAGAACGGAGUUUUCUAAAGAACCUUACUUCAAGCUGGUGACCGAAAAUGUCAAUAUAUCAUUGUAAAAGAGAAGUGAGUAGUGAUUAACUCACUAAUAUUGUAAAUUUGAUUCAAUAUUUAUUACAAAAGAAAAGAGUUCGAAAUUUUCAGACAUAGAGUGAUAGGUGCACGCGAACCCGCUUUAUUUUGGUGGAAAAACGCAAAAUCUGUCAAUACUACUGGACGAGUUUUUGAAAAUAGUAAUGGCAAAUAAAAGAUAGGGACAUUGUUGCAGUAAUAAAAAUUUUGUGUCAGGAAAAGGCUCGAUUCUUUCCUUCGACAAUACCCAUGCACACGUAAUUGCUCAUAAGCUACACACUAAAACUUCACGAGGU